UGCGUUGUCAGAUGACAGCUUGCGCAGCUGUCCUUCAGCAAAGGUGUGGACAUGAGGUUUGCAGGUCCCAUGCACCCUGCGCCGUACAGGUCGAUGACCUCAUCGUCUGGCAUCCGGAUGCAUGUGAGAUCUGUUAUGGGCUUUUUGCCGAUAUAACCUCUGACUCGACCCCACAGGCUGUCAAGAACACAUCUCUUUCAACCCUCAAGAUCUGGGUUGGUGGAUUCGGCCGUAACGUUAAGGCUAAGAAACCUUAUAUUCUAUCAGAGGAGUUAUGCAAUCUCCUCUACCCAAAUGCCAAGAUGUCAGCGGCAGUUCCCAAGGAAGUGGCUGCACCCAUUAUUGCCAAGAUAAGGGAAGACACGCAGUCCUUGCCUGAAGAUCUUGAGGGACUAGGGGAAGAAGUGUUGGAAGACGUGGCGGCCAUCAGCCUUGACAUAGAACCAAUGGUUCUGGAUGCCAGCGAUCAAGGUAGGGAGGUAAGUGGGGCAAGUAGUGUGCGGUCUAAGAUUCCUGUUCUUAGCCCUGCACCAUCUUUAACAUCUUCUCAUGCUUCUUUUCAAGGGUUUACUGCAAAGACCCUGGUUGGGGACAAACCAGGCUCAGUAAUACCAAAAGUCAAACACUUGAGGAAGGCCUUAUCUAAGCCAAGUAAACCAUCUAGGUUACCGAGACUUACCAAGUCAUUAAAUGCAUCUAAGUCUUCGGAGAUUCCGGUAGCAGCUACUCCCCUACAUCACGGGUCGAGAUCAAGGAGCUCCAAAUCUAAGGCUUCAGAACCUUCCUUUGAUCCGGUUUCCCAUGCCACAACUAAGAGAGACGGAGUUGACUUCUCUACUUUUUCCAGGAGAUCAUGAAUGCUGGGUUGACGCCCCAGCAACUUUCACCACAGGGAAACUGAACAUUGACUGUGCCUCUACACAGUUCAGUGACAAACUUCCGAGACUCCCAGAAUCCUUGGUCAGAAUCGAGUAUGAGGCUUGUACUCGGUUAAGUAGAUCAAUCAACUCCGCUACAAUGGCAGAAAUGGCUUCACUGGUAUACCAAGACGAGUCAUUGUUCAAGAUCCUUACCAAGUCUCUCCUCCUCACACUUCAAAGUGAUGCCUAUGACUUUGCUGUAGCACACCGUAAUUGCAGAAAGCAUGUGCUUUAAGAAGCUACAAUAAGGCAUGAGCCAAAUAAACUGAUUAAAGCCUCAAUUUGGGGUCAGACUUAUUCCCGGAAGACAUUGUUAACAGUGUCUUAGGUGAGGCUGCUAGGGUCAAUCAAAGUCUCAAAGUUCGUUGGGGCCUGAUGCCAAAACGGAAAUAUGAACAAUCAGGAAAUCAGACAAGAGGCAGGAAGAGGUUUAGG